CAACGCGGAGCUGGCGCGAAUGCCCCGCCCCCUUUCGAAACGGUGCGGAGCCGCAGCCGCCCCGGACGCACGUGAAGCGGCUGCGCAUGCGCGGUCGCCCUCCCCCCGGCCCCCCCCCCCAGCCAUGGCGGGCCGAGGCCGGGGCCGGGGUCGCGGGCAGAUGACCUUCAACGUGGAGGCGGUGGGCAUCGGGAAGGGGGACGCGCUGCCCCCCCCCACCCUCCAGCCCUCCCCCCUCUUCCCGCCCCUGGAGCACCGGGCGGCCCCGCUCCCGGGUGGGGAGGAGGGGGAGUACAUGCUGGCGCUGAAGCAGGAGCUGCGGGGGGCCAUGAAGAACCUCCCCUACUUCAUCAAACCUGGGGCACCCCGGAGAGAUAUUGAGCGCUACUCGGACAAGUACCAGAUCUCCAGCCCCGUCGACAGCGCCAUCGACUGGAACCCAGACUGGAGGCGGCUGCCGCGGGAGCUGAAGAUCCGGGUGCGGCGGCUGCGGAAAGGCAGGACCACCAUCCUCAUCCCUAAGUGCAAGCAGCGGGUCGCGCUCGACAAGGAGGAGACCAUUAAGAAGCUGGAGAGCCUGGAGAAGAAAGAGGAGGAGGUGACGUCGGAGGAGGAAGAGGAGAAGGAGGAGGAAGAAGAAGGGAAGGAAGAAGAGGAAGAGGAGUAUGAUGAAGAGGAGCAUGAAGAGGAGACUGACUACAUCAUGUCCUACUUCGACAACGGGGAGGACUUCGGCGCCGACAGCGAUGACAACAUGGAUGAGGCGGUCUACUGAGGCCCCCCACCCUGGGACAUCGGGGUCCCCUGUCACCAGCCCCCCCCCCCCCCCCCCCCCGGGAUGCCAGGAUCCCCCAUCACCAGCCCCCCACCCCCAGGACAUCAGGGUCCCCUAUCACCAGCCCCCCCGGGACACUGGCAUCCCCCGUCACCAGCCCCCCCCCCCCCCAGGACAUGGGGGUCUCCCAUCACCAGCCUCCCCCCACUCCGGGCCAUCGGCGUCCCCUGUCACCAGCUCCCCCCCCAGGAUGCUGGGAUCCCCCGUCACCAGCCCCCUCCAGCCUGCAGGUGGCACUUGUGCUCCAGGGACGGGGCGGGGGGGACACAACCCAAGGUUGGGGCACCCCAGGGUGCUGGCAGCUUUGGGGGGGGGGGGUGUGACACACACGACCCACAGAUGGGACAUGGGGACACCCCGCUGCCCACCCCCACUUGGGGGGGGUCUCCACUGUGGUGGGGGGGCUCGGGGUGGGGGGGAAGGACAACCCCCCCCCAGCCUUGUCCCCAAGCCAGCAGUGGGUGGGAUCAUUCCUUCUGAAGGUGGUUUUAGGGGUGAUGGGGGGGGCCCCCCACACCCCCAAACUCCACCUGGCCUCACCCCUCCCCCUUUUGCAGCAGCUUUUUAACAUUUGGGUUUUUUUAAUAAUUUUGGGUGGAUUAAAGUUGAUUUCUGUAUUUCCA